CCCAGUCCCCGCCACAGCCCCGAGCCGAGUCCUCGCCACACCUCCCGGAUGCCCAAGUCCAAGAGCCACACCGGCAGCCUCAACCGGACGCAGGGCAGGGAGGCGCUGGCCGAGAAGCGCCAUCGCUCCCUCGAGAGAGUCGCGCCGCAGAGCAAUGGGGUCGCCAGCAAUGCCUACAGGACGCCCCAGCUCGUUCGUCGCGGCCAGCCUCCUGUGAACUCCGGGAGCAGCCUCAGCAAUAGUUUCGGCACCACGCGCCGCACUCCACGCCGGCCGCCAGUUCGAGUCGUUACCAAGGCCGAGGUACCGGAGGCGUCCAGCAUUAACGUCCCACCGGGUUACAAAGCGCGCAAUCCUGUUCCUUCAGAUAAACCGAGUCCAGUCGGUUCUCAGCGGCCUCGACUCAAACACCAUUUAGCGGCUCAGUUUAGCACAGAAUCGACAAGGCUAGUUCAAUCCGUCGAUGAUAUGUCUUCUACCAUGUCUUCUGUGGGCCUCCGGACAGCCAAGCCAGCCUCGUCUUGCUUCAAAGCUCACCUCGAACCAUUCGCAAACCCGCAAGAAGGUCUGAAGAGAGCUCAGCAGCUGGUCAACUCUGGAGACUGGGAGAGUCAAGUUGAAGGAAUCCAAGACAUCGUACGGCUGGCAGAGCAUCAUCCCGAGGUGCUACAGAGCGACUUGCAUCAGAUCAACAUGAGUCUCCUGAAGCAAGCCAAAAACUUGCGUUCUCAAGUCUCCCGCGCAAGCAUCCAGGCCUUCACUCUCCUCUUUGAUGUUAUGAAGAGAAAUAUGGAGCCGGACGUGGAGAAGAUCACCAGUCUACUGUUGCACAAAACGUCGGACACCAACAAAUUCCUGCAACUGGACAGCAACCACGGCCUUGAUGCUCUCGUAGAAAACGUGAGCCCUAACAAAGCCAUCCCGGCAAUCGUACAGGAGGGACUAAAUCACAAGAACCCGGCCGUGAGAACCACCGUGGCUCGCCUCCUGACGUACGAGGUGGAACGACUCGGAGCCAGCAAGGUUCUCUCGGGGCAGAAGGACAUCACGGACCGCCUGUUGCCUGCUGCUGCUAAGCUCGCGCAGGAAGGGAGCUUAGAAACGAGGAAAUAUGCAAAACACAUCUUCCAGCAGUUGUCGCAGCAAGGGAGCUUCGACGCAGCACUGAAGAAAUACGUGUCUCAUAAUGACUUAAGAAACAUGCAAAAGCUCCUCGAUAAUUUAUCCAGUGAGGGUCGAACCAUACGGGAGUCGGCUCGCUCCAAGUUCUCCGUGGGAUCGCGAUACACACGGACCAUGUAGUGGCGGCGCAGUCCGUAGGCCUACUUUCGGCAUUUUCACAAAUUAUCAUCGUAUUUUCCAGGAGCGGAAUUCUGGUGGUUUAAUUCCCAUACGAAGGGAAUCAGUUCCUCAUGAAACAUUCACAUUCCAUAGCUCAUUGAUAUUUGUAUUGUACAUUGGAAUAUUGCGGAGGGUCGAUUCGAAAAUGUUUUUGGCGGUGGAUGUUUUUCUUUUUCCAAAGAAAAAAUAUUGAAUUUGUGGUUUCGAAAACGAUUUUUGUGGUGGUCGAAGCCUUUUUUCUCAUUGAAAAUAUGUUUUGAGAGACCACGUGACGCGUGGUUUCAAAAACGACUUUUGUGGUGUUUAAAGCAGUUGAUAUUUUUAUCUGAAAAAAAAAGAGAAACAAGCAAACGAACAUGUAUAAUUUGGGUAGGUCACGUGAACAUGAGUGUAGAAAAAGCACUGAAAAAGGGCAUAUGAGUCUUCUUGCUAAACUCACUUGACCUUUAACCCAAGCUGGCAUUCAAGCCAACCGAAGUUGCACGAGAAAGGUGAACAAAAUAACGUCCAUUUUAGUGCAUCGAAUUCAGAGACUUUACACGGUAUUUCAGUUGUGAUGAAGACUUUGUCCACGACUAGUUUACUUUUUUCAGUUUGAAUGUUGAAAAUAUAUAUUAUUUAUCGUUUAGAUCUGUGGAUAUGUAUUGAAUUGUGACGAGCAAAUAAAUUGUUAUUUACGUUUCUGUUAAGCUAGAACUGAAUAUAUACUUUGUAUAUAUGUUCACAUAUCAGAGUUAUUUGAAAUAGAAAAUUAAUGGUGGAUUACGUGAGAAUAUUAUGCCUUCUGUAUUCGAAAGUUAUUUUGUAAUAUAUGAUUAUUUUCAUGAUAGGUAAAAGCACUUGUAUACAUAUUUCUAUUUAUUUUCUUAGUAUGCGGGGUUUGUCAUUACAUAUUCUAAUAAUAUAUGGUUAGUUGACGUUAAUAAGAUAUAUGAAAUAUUUAUUUUAAGCAAAGCAUUCUUCGUGUUAAAAGAUCUUAUUAAAAUAUAUAUUUACCAGCCUGUGAUAAGUGCCGUCCAA